GAAAAGUGUCAUUAGCUUUAAUUAGGGCAUGUUUCACUAAACAGAGUAACAGGCUUUCCAACUGUAUUUUCCGGAAGAGAGAGAGAGAGAGAGAGGGGGAGAGAGAGAGAGAGAGAGAGAGAGAGAGAGGGGGAGAGAGAGAGAGAGCUCGCGCGCAGAGUCGAAAGUGAAUUCUUGGCGGGAGGACGAAGAAGAUGCUCGGAAGAUGUGGAAGGAGAUCAGAGAUAGAGAAUCGGGAAAACUCCGCCCUAAUUCAUUCUCCAAUCGGAUUAGGUCGAGUCGAGUCCACUCUCUCCAACUCUCCAAUCACAAAGAGAUCAUCUCUCCUCAUCGUGGCUCCGUCAACUCUCUUCAGGUUGAUUUGACAGAGGGACUAUAUUUGCUAUCCGGUGCAUCUGAUGCAUCGGUUGCUAUCUAUGAUGUUCAACAUGCAACGGAUUUUGAGGGAGGUGGUUUGGUUGCAAAGCAUAGGCCCUUGGUUGUUAUUGACAAGCAACACAAACAUGGGCAUAAAUAUGCUAUAUCAUCAGCCAUAUGGUACCCUGUUGACACUGGUCUCUUCAUCACAGGGUCUUAUGAUCAUCACGUCAAUGUAUGGGAUACAAAUACUACACAGGGAGUAAUGAAUUUUAAACUGCCCGGAAAGGUUUAUACGACUGCUAUGUCUUCAAUGGCCACAUCCCACAUGCUGAUCGCUGCUGGAACUGAAGACGUUCAAGUGCGCCUUUGUGAUAUUGCUUCAGGGGCAUUUUCUCAUACAUUGUCUGGUCAUCGUGAUGGUGUAAUGACAGUGGAGUGGUCUAAUUCUAGUGAGUGGGUUUUGGUAACUGGAGGAUGCGAUGGCGCAAUACGUUUUUGGGACAUCAGACGUGCUGGAUGUUUUCGGGUUUUAAAUCAGUCCCACUCUCAGCUAGGAAGACGCCCACCACUUCUAGAACGUUCGGUCCUGAAUAAGGGUUCAACAUCGAAAACCUUGUCAGAAGGCCAAAGCUCAACUGCAAAAGCGCGUGCACCUCAGCGGAAAAUGGCUCAUGGGAAUGGUUCAAAACAGUCUGCUAGCAGUAAGACACCUAGUCUACUCAAAAGUUCUGUGAGGCAGAGACUGCAUCCAGGAAUGUUGUCUAGUCAGGAUCGUGCCACUGCUCAUUAUGGAGCUGUCAUUGGGUUAAAAGCGACUGAAGAUGGCAUGUAUCUUCUCAGUGCAGGUUCUGAUUCAAGGUUAAGGUUGUGGGACAUUGAAUCCAGCUGCAACACGUUGGUGAACUUUGAAACUGCUCGCUUACAAACCGGGAAGGCAAUGCAGCUAUCCACGACACAAGAUUCGACCCUUGUUUUCGUUCCUUGCAUGACAUCUGUAAAAGUCUUUGAUGUUUGGUCGGGAAAGACAGUUCAAACGUUUCGUGGUCACUAUGAACAUGUGAAUUGUUGCUGCUAUAGUUUGCAGGACCAGGAAUUAUACACGGGUGGUACUGAUAGGCAAAUUCUUGUUUGGUCUCCAUCCAAAUUGACUUCUGAUGAAUUGGAUGAACGGAGCAAGAUAGGGAAGACUUCUACACUGGAUGAAGAUAACUGGAGUGAUUGACAUUGACUACGGUCUCUCCGUGGUGCAGAUUUCCAGGUCAUCUAUGAAUUCGCCUGCUUUAUAUGUACAUAGGAGUGUUCAUCUUUGGCUGCUAGUACUGUGUAUUCAUUUGUUCUUUUUCAUUUUGUCUCUUUGGCUUUUGGAUGCAAAAGAUUACACUUUGCCAAAGUGGGAAGCUAUACCUUUACCUUAAAAGCGAUCUUGUGUAUAUUGGGAAAACCAUGUUCAUCUGCUGAAAACAAAAAAGAGAUGAUUAUGUUCCGGUAA